CCUGCCUGCCUGCCUGUGCACACCGGCUUUAACCCCGGACAGCUAAAUCCUGCCAAGGCCUGAAAAUAGUUCUUCCAUUGUCAUAACACAUGGCACCACUGUGUCUCUCUGUUUCCCCUUCACUUCUGUCGUCCAGGUUUCUCUACGAGCUCUCGCAGAUUCCUGACUUCGCAGGUCGGGCCAACUGUAUCAUUUUCCAGUCGGUGUUCCUCGAUAUGAUCGCUUCCAUUCGUCGUAAAGUGGUGAUCGUCUCUGAUCUGUGCAAAGAGCUGCUGCAGUGCAGCAGUCUGAAGGAUGUCAUGGGUCUGGUUCUGGCCUUUGGGAACUAUAUGAACGGUGGGAACAGGACGAGGGGUCAGGCUGAUGGGUUUGGACUGGAGAUCCUUCCCAAACUGAAGGAUGUCAAGAGCAGGGACAAUCGUAUGAAUUUGAUAGAUUACGUAGUAUUGUACUACCUACGCAACUUCGACAAG